AUGGCACCGCAGCCGCCUCUCUUCCCUCCCGCUGCCUUCGACCGCGGCGGCGGCGGCCUCCCUUCAUGGGACCCUAGCCGCACCUCCAACCCUUCCUUCGACCAGGGCUUCCUGAAGGCGGCCUUCGACGGCGAGCUCCACCUCGUCAAGAAGGCGGCGAGGGUGGUGGGAAGGGGGGCGGAAGGCAGUCGCCUCGCUGAGAAGAUGGGCGCGGUCAGGGACGGCUACGGCAUGGGCUUGUUGCACACCGCGGCCCUAGGCGGGAGCCUGCCCGUGUGCCGCUACCUGGUCGAGGACAUCCGGCUGGAUGUCGAUGACGUAGGCCCGAUGGGCGAAACGCCUUUGACUGUUGCGAUUGGCUGUCAGAAUGUGGAUUUGGUGCGCUACUUUCUUGAUCAAGGUGCUGCUACAAUGAAGCUCAACGACAGUGGGAGUACUCCCCUCCACCUUGCUGCUGCAGCAGGAAGCUGUGAAAUAGUUGAGCUCUUACUCUCCAGUGGAGCUUAUGUUGAUGCACUACAUCUUGGUGGGACGGCACUGCAUUCUGCUGCCCGUGAUGGGCGGGAUGAUAUUGUGAAAGUUUUGCUAGACCACCAUGCAGACCAUAAGAUAACUUUGGGUGGUACUGGUUAUACAGCUCUUGCUAUUGCUACUGUUGUGCACUCACUGAAAUGUGUGAAGCUCCUGCUUGAGGCUGGUGCUGAUGUGGAUGGUAAUUGUAAAGAGACACCAUUAAUCAUUGCUGCCAUUAGUGGCUCAACUGAAAUCCUGAAGUGCUUAGUUCUGGCUGGUGCGGAUGCUAAUGUUCCUGACAGUUUAGGACGAGCUCCUAUUGAAAUUGCUGCCCGCUCUGGUAGGCGUGAAGAUGUUGAGAUUCUAUUUCCGGUCACUUCUCGUAUUCCAAAUGUAUGUGACUGGAGUGUAGAUGGGAUCAUUAGGCAUGUAAAAUCAGUGCGUCCAGCGAAGAAAGCCAUGCUUACUAGUGCAAAAUCUAAAGCGCAUGAGGCGUUCAAGAACGGGAACUAUUAUCUUGCAGCAAGAAUAUACAAAGAGGCAAUGGCACUUGACCCUGGUAAUGCAACCUUGCUUUCAAAUAGGAGCCUAUGCUGGCUCUGCCUCGGUGAUGCAAAGAACGCCUUGAAUGAUGCUCAAGCUUGCAUUAUGAUGCGACCUGGCUGGCCAAAGGCCUCAUAUCGUCAAGGAACUGCUCUAAUGUUACUGAAGGACUAUGAAAAGGCAUGUGGUGCAUUUCUUGAUGGUCUUAAAUUGGAGCCUGGGAACAUAGAGAUGGAAGAUGGAUUACGGUAUCCUCUUUGUUCCUUUUGGCUACAUUGGUGUCUAGUGCAGGCUUUGGAAUCCUUGAAGAUAUAUCGCAGUAGUCGUGGGCAAGACUAG